AUGCCAAAGAAUUGGCCUCCAGAAAUCCUCUACCUCACAGCUCCAGCAUACUCCAAGACCCUCUCAUCACACCAUCUCACGUCCCUCAAAUCCCCACCUAAAGACCUUCUUCUUCUCCCCAUCCCACCCUCUACACCUAGAGGCCCCAGCCCCCUUGUCAAAAUAACACCCAUAACAACGCCCUCCCACCCCGCAUGCGGCCAAAACGGACUCUUCGCAGCCAGCGACCUCAAGCCCGGCCAAUUCAUCCUCCAAUACCUAGGUAUCAUCCACGCUUCCCCAAACCCAAACUCAACAACAGACUCGGAAGAAGUGCGUCGUGAUCAUGAUCCGCACGCGGACUCUGAUUACGAUCUGAGUCUGGAUCGGGAGCUGGGGAUUGGGAUCGAUGCGCAUGGGAUGGGGAAUGAGGCCAGGUUUAUUAAUGAUUAUAGGGGCGUGGCUGAGAAGGCCAAUGCGGAGUUUAGGGAGUGUUGGGAUGGGAGGACGGGGGAGAAGGGGAUGGGCGUUUGGGUUUUGGGCGAGGGGAAGAAGGCUAGUGGGAAGGGGAAGGGUGUGAGAAAGGGGCAGGAGAUUUUGGUUUCCUACGGGAGGGGGUUUUGGGGUGCUAGAAAGGAUGUAGAAGAGGAGGGUGGAUGA